UGGAUUUCAGAACAGCCAAGUGGUGUUAUUGUUUACAAAUUGGUGACAGUUCUUGCUUUAAAAUAGCGAUAAUUUUGGUUAAAUUACUCUAAUUUCUCCGUGAUUAAGCAUAUCGCUGUAGCUUUGCUUAGCAGAAGUGACUAGUCAAAAUGGACACCCAGAAACAGAACGAGGAGAAGCUACGGGAAGCCUGCUGUUAUGGCGACAACGAAGCAGUCAUUGCUCUGGUUACUAGAGGUGCGAACAUCAACAGUAAACACGAGAUAAAUGGCUGGACUGGACUACACUGGGCAGCGAAGCGAGGGAACUUGGAAACCGUGAGGUGGCUGCUGGCGAAUGGGGCCGAUCCAAAGAUAACCAACAACCAGUCUCAGACCCCUGCUCAGCUGGCGACUAAUCCACACAUACUGCAGUUAUUAGGAACCGACAGCGCGAGCCCAGAAGGAACAGCCUCAAGUUCUGAGUCCCUCCCAAUCACGCCCAGCUACAUGGCUCAUCCCCCCCUAAUCAACCAGACAAGUCACAGCACAAGCAGCCCCCCCUCGAAGCCGCUGACCAAUGGGAUAACAGAGGUGAACGGGUAUCCUGGCACGGGCAGCCUUCCUUCCAACAGUAACCCAUCCACGUCCAGCUGCGUUCCUCGUCCGGGAAUGAACCCCAUGCAGGCACAGGAGUUAACCCAGAAUAAGCCUAAAGAGCUGGUGUUGAAGGUUCGCAUUGCCAACACCGAUGACCCCGACUUCAUCGAAAUAGACUUCCCCAUUACGCACAUGAACUUCAGCCAACUCCUCACUGUGUGCUGUAAGGAGUUGGCUGUUAAUCCCCAGAUGGUCGAGAGAAUAAGGAAACUACCCAACACACGCCUUCGAAAUGACAAAGACGUAAAGCGCCUGGAAAACUUCACCGAACUAGAGCUCGUCAUUAAAGGGCAGAGCAGACCGCCCAUAACGCGAUCAGACUCCCACUCCACGUCUAAAAACAGCUACCAGUCCAUAUCUUCCUUUAAAAACCAGACCAUUUUGUACUGAUCGAGGAAAUUUUUUUUUUUUUUCUUCUCUGUGUUCUCUGGAGAUUUUGUAGAAGAGAUAAUGCUAAUUUUUUUUUGUAUAUUGAUUUUAUGAAUUUGUUGUUUUUGUAUUAUCUAACGUUUUUGUUUGGAUGUGUUUACGAAAAAAAAAGAAAGCAUUUUUACAUCAGGAUAUAGAUGUUACAUUUGAAAAGAAGUCCAUUUGUAGCGAGCUUCCAGAUUAUGUAUAGCAUGAAGAUUGUAAUAUACUUGGCUUUCAUUUAUGUUUAGUAAGUAAAUUAGAAAACUAUAUGGAGCAGUAACUUCAACGAAAGAGAAGUACCAAAACCUUGCUUUUUAUUGGUUUUACAUGUACAUGCAUAUGCACGCACACACCCACACCCACACGCACUUCAAAACCACCACACAACACACACACACACACACACACACACACACACACACACACACACACACACACACAUCAAAACAACACCACAUUUAUAUAUAUAUAUAUAUAUAUAUAUAUAUAUAUAUAUAUAUAUAUAUAUAUAUAUAUAUAUAUAUAUAUAUAUAUACAUACAUACAUAUAUGCAGUAUAUGCACAUGGUUAUUAUUUUUCUUAUGAUUUUCUGUCAGUGUAAUGCAUGCUAAAUAGAUGAUGUUGGACUCUGUACUUACUGAGUAACUUUUUAAAAUGAUAUUUUUUCUCUCACUCUCUCAGUAAUAUUUGUUUCCCUUCUUCUUUGGUAGGGAAGAAUGUUAUGGGAAGAUUGACUCCGUAUUCUUUACGUGUUUUGUGCUUCUGUAUUUCUUUAAAUUGUGACUUUACUGAGAAGUGAAUUAAGUACAUUAUCAUCCCUUCAGAAAGUGACUAUUAGAACAAAAUAUGCUCUUCUUGCCAGGCAUGUAAGUAAAACAAGAGGUAUGAGAACUUAUGUUUGUCUUUCGUUUAUUGACCCACUCAAGAUCAGCAUUGCAUGGGUGUAAUGAUGGAACAGUCAGGAGUAAACCAUACAAAGGGGUCACUAAUCAGUUGCAUCGUUGAGAACUAGACGAGAGAUGUCAGGAAGCCAAAACUGGAUAAGUGUUUAGUAAUGGUUAGGGUUUUGGCAGUGGUAGUACAUGGUUCAAUAGGGUAAGUAGAUGAUAGAUGUAUGAAUAAGAAUUUAUAGCUUCAAAGAGCAGGAUAUGUAAUUGACCUGUUUUAGUGUUUUGUCUUUAUCUGAAUUAUAUGAUAGUUCCGAUGAAGAAAUAACUUCAAAAUGCGUCAUUUAUAUGUCUUGCUUUUCUGAAGUUAAAAGUUCUUGUUCAUUACUGUGAUUCUCAACACCUUUUACCAAAACCAAGAGUGGCAUAAUAAAUGGAAGAAUUAUGUUAUUUGUUAUUUCCAAUUUCCUUGUUUUAUCAUACUUGGUUUUGUUGUUUUCUUGUCAGUGCGUGUUUUUAUUUUAUGUCAUUUAUUUCGUAGAAAUUGUAGAUACAGUUAUUUCAUUCUUGAGACUGUUGAGUGUAUUUUUAGAGGAAACUGUGAACUACUGUAUUGGUUCAGUAUGAUUUUUAUUUAUGAUAUUCUUAGUUAUAGGAAUUGCACAUGAAUCAUGCAAAAUUAAAGCAUAUUCAUUGCUUGCUGUCUAUAGUAAUUAGUUCGUAUUUUCACACAUGAGGAUAGAGAUAUUUACUUGAAGAAUUUAUGUGUCGUUUCUGAUAGUUGUAAACCAUGACAGUUAAAACCAAAGAAACCAUUCUACUUCAAAGAACUCUUUGUAUAUUAGUAUAAGGCUGGAAAAGGGAGAAAGAUUAUCAAUUAGCAAUCUGUGAUUGUUUUUUUAUAAGCUUACAGAAAAAAAUUAUAAUGCUCCACUAGAAUGCUAGUUAAGGAAAUGUUUUCUUAGGUGAGACAAAUAGAUAUGAGAGGGUUUAGGGAAAGAAAAUAUUGAAGGAAACUACCUUGAAAAAUUAUGUGUCAUUUGCUAUGAUGAUGAAUUGAAAGUUGUUUGUUUUUUAGACAUUUAAGAUAAAUGCCAACAGGAAUGGGAUGGAGAAAUUGCAGACAGUAGUAGCUUAAUGAGUGAGCAGAUACUUAAAAGAAUUUGUCAGCUGAAUAUCAGUACUUUGCAAUGUGUUUCCCUGAAAAACAAAGAAAAAAGAAAAUUAUGUUUACGCUUAUUUGUUGGUCCAUCCAGUGAACUAUUAAGGAGUUUGACCAUAUAAAUCUUAUAGCUUACAUUUCAUUCUGCAGAGAGAUUUGCAGAUGAAAGUCAUUUAGUGCAUCAGAAAAGGCUUGUGUACUUAGCACCUUUGAUUAUAAUAUAUGCAUAUAUUAUCAAGUACUAAGAGGUAUGGAAAUUUGAUGUACUUCUUUCAAGAGAGCUAUGCAACACAUGCUGUGCUGUGCACUUUUCCUUUUGAUAAUUUGCAUCUCUCACUUGUUGUGAGAAAGAUGAUGAGUGUGUGUGUGUGUGUCUAUGCCUGUCCAAGCAAGCAUGUGGAUUGUAUAUUCCUUUUAGAACAAAGUUUGUGGAUCUAACUUUUAGUGGUGGUAUAUGGAAAUAUAUCUGUUUUCCUUUUCCUUGAAGUGUAUUUUUGUUUAAUUUUUUUAUUUCUUUCUUCCUUUUUCUUCUUUUCAUAAUGCAUAUGUCAGUGCAAAAGUUAGUUAAUUGAUCAUUCCUUCUUGACAUCCUGCCACUCAGUACAAAUUAACAAAAUUGUGGCUUUAUAUUUCAGACAUUAAAAAAAAAAUGUACAUAGAAAUAUUAGCAGAUCCUGGAAAGGGCAGGAUAUUUUUUCCACCUUUUAUUUCCAAAGAACUUGAUUCAAUAUCGUUUGUGAUAAAAAGUAGUGUGUGACAUUAUCUAGUCUUUUCAUUUCUAAUCAGAAUUAUAAUCUUUCAUGGUGUUAUUACUAGUAUCUUUAUUAUUGUUUAUUGUUAUUAUCAUUAUUAUUGUUAUUAAUUGUUAUUAUUAUUAUCAUUCUCUUGGUUAUUUAAUUUAAACAGCAAUUCACAAAAUGUUUUUGGAACCUGUGGAGUCAUGACCUUAUUGUCGCAUAAGAUGUGAAGGAUAAUUUAUUAGAUUUUUUUUUUUCUGAACAUACAAUUUUGACAUUUAAAAUUUUGGUUUUAA